AUGAACAACUACAACAACAACAAAGAAUUUUUUAAUUUUGUCAUCAAGUUGAGGCAUGGAGUCUCUCAGAGUGCACAAACACCUGCAUCUUUGUUCAAUUCAAUCCGCUGCAUGUCAUCAUCCAAGCUUUUUGUUGGAGGCCUUUCUUAUGGAACAGAUGUCCAAUCUCUUUGGGAUGCUUUCUCUGGCUUUGGUGAUGUUGUUAAGGGUGAGGUUAUUAUUGAUAGGAAUACUGGGAGGUCUAGGGGAUUCGGUUUUGUCAACUUCUCCAGCGAUGACUCUGCUAGCUCGGCACUAUCUGCAAUGGAUGGCCAGGAUUUACAAGGGCGUCAUAUUCGUGUGAGUUAUGCUACUGAGAGGUCCGAAUCUAGUGGUAGAUCCUUUGGUGGCGGUGGUGGUGGAGGUUAUCGUGGUGGUGAUGGUGGUUUUGGUAGAGGCCGGGCUGGGGAUUUUGUCUUUAAGUACGCAUUCCCUUGCUGUCCAUUUAGGCUUUUUGCUUCAUUAGUUGUUUAGAAUUAAGUUGCAUGAUUUGUCUCUUUUUAAUUUGCUCUUCUACUACAUUUUUCAGUGAUUGCUCUAAUAUAUGAAGCAAUUUGUUAUGACUUGUGGCCACCUUUUUUAACCGUCUCAAAUUUUCAUUAAAAUAUGUGAAUUGGAGCUUUCAUUUGUUACUGGAAGUUAACAUCAAUUCAAAUCA